AUGACUCAGCCGAUGCAUCAAGACGCCGCAGCCGACGCUGUUUUACGGAGGACUAUGGUGUUGCUACUUUUGCUGUUGAUGUUCUCCUUGUCGUCGUUUCCAUCGGUCACCGCCGAUUGCCCUUACAAAUGCAGAUGCAAUGAAGAGCAUAUUGUGGACUGCUAUAGACAGGAACUGAACCGGAUUCCCGACCGCAUAUCUCCGGCUACCAAAAUUCUGGACUCGGGCCUUAAUGAAAUUAGGGAUAUCGAACCGAAUUCAUUUACUCAUCUUACAGAGUUAAAGGAAUUAAAGUUGCACUACAAUAAAAUAAGUAAUUUGAAAAUUGGUGCAUUUGCCAACCUUUCGAAACUUCAGAUAUUAUAUUUGUUUGGAAAUGAAAUCGAAAACAUCGAGACUGGGGUUUUUAAUAACUUAACGAGGACUUACAAAACUGGAAUAUCUAACAAUAAGAUAAGAAAUAUUCCACCUGGGAUAUUUGGUUCGUUAACGUCGUUGAGUAGAUUAAACAUUAACAGUAACCCGUUGACGUGCGAUUGCAAUAUGCUGUUGUUUGCAAACGGGCUGAAGAAAAAUUACCCCCACCCAGAUUUCUUCUUUAAUUUCCGCAUGUCGUGUUAUUUUCCCGUAGAAAUGAGAGAAUUAUCGUUGCAGGAAAUAACCGAAAUCGAUUUUCAUUGCACGUCUCCGGAUAUAAUCGUGGUACCAGAGAACAAGACGGUGUCGGUCGGUGAACAGUUACAACUCUCGUGCAAAGCCGUAGGAGACCCGGAACCUUUUAUAACGUGGGCCAAAGACGACAUCGAUCUAGAACUUGGCCAAAGAGUUCAGGUAUUUCAAAACAAUACAUUGAUUAUAUCUAAAGUGGAAAAUACGGACGGCGGUCAAUAUAAGUGCGUGGCGUCCAAUCCUCUGGGACGAAAAUCUUUUGAGGCGAUGGUUAACGUAAACGGUUUGGCGGAAAAUGGUUGUUAUACCAUGUUUGGAGUAAUACCAUGUUUUUUUUUUAAUAUCAUUGCAUUAGCGAAUCGCCUAUUGUAUAAUGACAUAUUGUAA